AACGUUGAGGCAACGUGAUUCGCCAAUGACAGCUGAAUGUGCUGAACACUGAGAAACUACUGAAGUUUUCAUCUAUCGUUUCAUGAAGAAUGGCGCUGAAUAAAUCCAUGCAUCCCCGAAACCGUUACAAGGACAAACCACCAGACUUUGUUUACCUGGCCUCCAAAUAUCCUGAAUUCCAGAAGCACGUGCAGACCACACUGACCGGCAGAGUUACGCUCAACUUUAAAGACCCAGAGGCUGUCCGGGCCCUCACAUGCACCCUGCUGAAAGAGGAUUUUGGCCUAACCAUCGAGAUCCCCCUGGAACGGCUCAUCCCCACCGUCCCGCUCCGCCUCAACUACAUCCACUGGGUGGAGGACCUGAUCGGGGGGCAGGGAAACCCGCAGAGGGGCAUUGACAUUGGUACUGGAGCUUCCUGUAUUUACCCCCUUCUAGGAGCCACAAUGAAUGGCUGGUUCUUCCUGGCCACAGAAGUGGAUGACAUCUGCUUUAAUUAUGCAAAGAAAAACGUUGAACAAAACCACCUGGCAGAGCUCAUUAAAGUGGUGAAAGUCCCCCAGAAGACUCUCCUGAUGGAUGCGCUGAAGGAAGAGUCCAUUGUCUAUGAUUUCUGCAUGUGCAAUCCUCCAUUCUUCGCCAACCAGUUAGAAGCAAAGGGAGUGAACUCGAGGAACUCGCGCAGACCUCCACCCAGCUCCAUCAACACCGGGGGCGUCACUGAGAUCAUGGCAGAGGGUGGAGAGCUGGAGUUCGUCAAACGGAUCAUCCAUGACAGUCUGCAGCUGAAGAAGAGGCUCAGGUGGUACAGUUGCAUGCUGGGAAAGAAGUGUAGUCUGGCUCCUUUGAAAGAUGAGCUGCGGAAACAAGGAGUUGCUAAAGUAACACACACAGAGUUCUGUCAAGGGCGGACCAUGCGCUGGGCCCUCGCCUGGAGUUUCUAUGAUGACGUACCUGUACCUUCUCCGCCCUGUAAGAAGCGUAAGCUGGAGAAGGCCCGUAAACCCCUCACCUUCACCGUCCUGAAGGCCACAGUGGCAGAGCUGCAGGCUCAGACGCCUCACAGCAGCCCUACAGAGAGUGUGUCUGCCUGGCUGGAGAACAUCCUCACUGACCUCAAGGUCCUUCAUAAGCGUGUUCCUGGUGGAGAAGUGGAGCUGAGCCUCUUCCUGACAGCUGUGGAGAACACCUGGAUCCACAGCCGGCAAAAAAGAAGAGAACAGGGCCGACAUCUGCGAGAGCUACCCAGAGCACAGGAGCCACCCUCAGAAGAAACCUCCGUCACAGAGCAGCAGCAGCAGCCGGACAUCCCGCCGGAGUCUCCUGCAAACGCAGAAGCACUGCAGCACUUCCUUUUCAAGUGCCUGGUGAACGUAAAGCAGGAGGAGGAGAAGGAUGUGCUGGUGGAGAUGCACUGGGUGGAGGGCCAGAAUAAAGACCUGAUGAACCAGCUCUGUACCUGCUUAAAGAACGCUCUCUUCCGACAGGUAGCCAAGCCCACCUGAACAGCACACACACACACACACACACACACACACUGAUCAUUCUGCACAUAAACACCAUCCACAAUGCUGGAAAACCGAACUGCAAGUCAAAAGUUAAUCGUUACUGCACCAACUGAUGUUUUUUAUAAGACACUGAACAAAGUUUUACUAUGUUUGUAAUAAAAA